AUGACUGAAAACAUUAUGCUGUCUUAUGAUCUUAUGGUGAUUGGAAAGAAGCUGGAGCAGUUCUUGGAGGACGUCUGCAUGGUCCGCGUCUCUUCUUCUUCCACGUUGCGUGGGUCGCUCCGCAAGAUUUUGAGGAUGGAGUAUACACGAUGUGCCUUCCGGAUGCUGCGACAUCAAAUCGAGUUCGAGUGA